AAAAUUCACGCCAUGAGGCAGUCGAUGACCUCCUUAGGUCAUAGGUUAAAAUGUCAACCACACGAGUGCUCCAUCGAAUCGUGCCUCUACCAGUUCACCACCAUGGAGAUGCUGACCGGUAACAACAAGUACCUCUGCUCGCACUGCAACAAGGGCCUGGGCAAAAAGGCCAAAUACACGAUAGCCAACAGACAGGCCCUCAUCUUUGUGCCCCCGUCCAUCCUCACCCUACACCUUAAAAGAUUUCAACAGACGAUAAUGUCACUGAAGAAGCUCAGUAAGCACGUUACGUUUUCUGAGAUUUUGGACAUGGCGCCUUUCUGCAGUUCUUUGGCUCAGAAUGUGAAACCGAAUGAAGACAAAGUUUUGUAUUCAUUGUUCGGCGUUGUUGAACACAGCGGAAGUUUGAGGAGCGGUCAUUACACCGCCUACGUCAAGGUCAGGGACGACAUCAAAGAUACUGCAUCUUCGAUUCCUUUGCAGCCAAACGGAAUAGGAAAUAAAUCCGUCGUGGGAAGUGAAAACUCAUCAGUAGGUCCCUAUCCUGGAAGAUGGUUUUACGUUAGUGACGGUAACGUCAGUGAAGUGAAGAACAUAUCGAACGUCUUGAAUUCCCAGGCUUAUAUUUUGUUCUAUGAAAGAAUAUUAUAA